UGCGGGGCUUCUGAACGCAUCCAGGCCCCAACCCUGGGGACACUCCCCGGCCCGAAGCUGGCCGCGAGGUUCUCGGGGUCGCAGGGAGUCGGUCUUGGGAGUAGCGAGGGCGGCUAUUUUAUAAAGCUCAAGAGAAAACAAAAAAAGAUACACUAUGUCUGAGGACGUUUUCAGUACUACUUUGGCAUAUACGAAAAGUCCAAAAGUUACCAAAAGAACAUCUUUCCAGGAUGAGCUAAUAAGAGCAAUAACAGCUCGAUCAGCCAGACAGAGGAGUUCUGAAUACUCAGAUGACUUUGACAGUGAUGAGAUUGUUUCCUUAGGUGAGUUUUCUGAUACCUCAAUAGAUGAAAAUGCAGUUCAGAAAAAAGUGAAUGAUUUUCAUUUAUCAGAUGAUGAGGAAAAUAAUUCUCCAAGACCAUCUUUUUUGAAAACUAAGAAAUCUAACAAUAGCAUAACAAAAGAUGAGCCAGAAUUUGUCAGUAUGAACAAUGAAGAAGUAACACAUGAAAGUUGUGAAGAUCAGGCCAUGAACUCCUCAUCCAAAUCUCAAAAUAAAAAUGAAGAAAUUGAACAACAGAAAAUUAAAAUGAAACCUAAACCCAGAAAUCUUCCAAUCAAAAGUACAUCUUCAGCAGAAAAUAGUUGUAGCUUUGAAACAGAAGACUACUUAAAGCCUUCACCUCUUCCAAGGAGCAUGUUCAAGAAAAGUAGCCAUACAGAGGAAAAAGACAGACUAGAAGAUGCUAAAGAAACUGCCCCACACGGACACUUAAACCCUGAUCCUUCUCUUCCAUGUCUGAAUGGCAGACAAUUGGAGGUAGAGAAAAAAGCAUCCUCUGAAAAUGUUGACCUUGAGGGCUCAUUGUUAAAAAGCCUGUCAUCAUCAUUCCUUAAAGAAAAUCCUGAAAGAUGUUCUUCACCAGGAUCUAGGGAAGAAGGAUCGAUAAACGAUCUGGAUAGAGACCUCACCAAAUACUCUAAUGCUUUGAUAUCAAAUGGAAACAAAGAAAAUUCAGUUUUAACAGACUGUGUCUCUCCUGAACUUGAGAAAACUAAGGAAAGUCAAGUGACUGCCAUUGACCUUGAAGAAAAGCAGGCUGAAUUGAAAUCAGGGGAUGAUUAUCCACUUGAUCUGCCACUUUUUAAAUCUCAGAGUAUGUUAAUAUCCACCAGUGCAAAGGAAUCUGCAAAGAAAACAAUUGAAGACAGAGAAAUGAAGAAUAAAAAGCCAACAAAUAAUAGAGUAUCCAGUGCAUCUGGCAGAUUAAUGACCUCUGAAUUUUUAAAGAAGCCCAGUUCUACAAGGAGAACACCAUCGGCAACUACCUCUUCUCACUAUUUAGGGACUUUAAAGGUCUUGGACCAAAAACCUUCACAGAAGCAGAACAUAGAACCUGACAGAGCAGAUCACAUAAGAGCAGCUGUUUAUCAAGAGUGGUUGGAAAAGAAAAAUGUAUAUUUACAUGAAAUGCACAGAAUAAAAAGGAUUGAAAGUGAAAACCUAAGGAUCCAAAAUGAACAGAAAAGAGCAGCCAAGAGAGAAGAAGCGUUAGCAUCAUUUGAGGCCUGGAAAGCGAUGAAGGAAAAGGAAGCCAAGAAAAUAGCUGCAAAAAAGAGGCUGGAGGAAAAGAACAAGAAGAAAACGGAAGAAGAAAACGCCAUGAGAAAAAGCGAAGCGCAGCAAGCUUUUGAAAAAUGGAAAGAGAAAAAAAUGGAAUAUCUUAAAGAGAAAAAUAAAAAGGAAAAGGAAUACGAAAGAGCAAAGAAACAGAAAGAAGAAGAGAGUGUUGCCGAAAAAAAGAAAGAUAGCCUAACUGCUGUUGAGAGAUGGAAUGAAAAAAAGGAAGCUUUUCUCAAGCAAAAAGAAAAGGAGAAAAUAAAUGAAAAAAGAAAGGAAGAGCUGAAAAGGGCUGAGAAAAAAGAUAAAGAUAAGCAAGCCAUCAAUGAAUAUGAGAAAUGGCUGGAAAAGAAAGAAAGACAGGAGAGAAUUGAGAGGAAACAGAAGAAACGUCACUCCUUGCUUGAAAAUGGGUCCCUUCCUCCAUGGAGCCCUCCCAGCAGAACCAUGCUUUCAAAGGUGUUUUGAUAACUUUCUUAUUUGUCAGCUCACCAGCUUUAGCCAUCGGUUAAAAGCCAUUCAUUCCAUUACUUCCAGUUAAACUAAUCGAUUUCAAUUAAGUGCCACAUAUUUCUGGUAACGAGGAAAAUGAUACUUUGGAGUUUAAUCAGUGUGAACAUUUUUUUUUCAAGCCAUAGAUCAGCUGCCUCAAAUGAAAUGCUACUAAUUAGAUUGCUUUUAGUGCUGAAAAUGCAGAAAGCUUUAUCAUGCCCUGAUAAUCUCUAAGGUAAAAUGAUCUGUGAUUACUUUAUAUAAACUAUGCAUGUUAAUUAUGUUUAUUCCCAAUGAUAAAGUACAAGCCAUUUGGUAUCACAGUCAGAGUGAUUAGUGGAUUCUGGUGUGCAUCUAGAUUUGGGCUUUUAAAUAAAUUGCUGCUGGGAGAUAUGUGUAGGUGACUUUUGCUUACAUUGAUCUUUAGCUCAAAGCAAUUGCAUCAUCUCUACCCAAGGUAGAAUCUUGUGGACUGAGACAACAGUUUUAGCAGCAGUUUAAUCAAUGAAUAUUUUAUUUAGAAAUUUCCUUAUGUUUUAAGUCUAAUUUAUCUAUUCCAAUUUUAUAUGAUAAUCAUAGUCAAUUUAUAAUAAAUGGGAUCACCUCUGAAAUUUUUCUUUCUAAACUUAACACUUUGUAGACCAUUUGGUGACACCAAAAGACAUCCAUUUCAUGGUAGUAAUUACUUACACAUGACCUAGGCAAUUCCUCAGGAGUUCAAGGUUAUCGAUAUAGUGAUAUCAUAUAAAAGCUGUAAUAGUGAGGGCAACUACAAUCCCCUUAACUGAUACAGAGAUUUUCCCAAGGACUUGUAUUUAUUUAUUUGAUCUUUGUCUAUCCUUGUAUUAACUGAUCUCCUCCUGGACCUGUUCCUUGGAUUUAGGAAAGACCCCAAUUUUCUGCUCUCAGAGUUGAAAUGCUGCUUUAAUCAAUAAUACAUUGCAGAGACAAUAGAUUAUACCUGGAAAAGAAAGAAACACUUCUAUCAUCUCUGCUGGAUCUUUAUAAAUAUUAUUUGUCAUCUUUAAAACAACUGUUUAGGGUAGAUGUUGCUCUGCCUUUUUCAGCUAAAAGUCCUUAGGCCCAGAGAAACUAAAUAACUUAUUACACAUCUAAGGAAGGCCAGCGCCAAGCUCCCUCUUCACUUUCACACUCCCAUGGAACCUCACUGAUCACAGAAUCUAUCAGGACUUUGCAUGAAUCCAAGCCUACUCUAGCUGAUCCUGAAGAAGUAGCUUCUAGUUAGCAGACAUGGUGAACCUCCUAAAGUCUACAAAACGAGCUAAGGAUUCAUAAGAUUUAAGGAGUUGCUUGAACAUCUAGUGUCUAGUAUUAAGAUCUGAAAACUCAACAUGUUAUAUAAUAAAUUUCAAAAGGAGCUUUGGAAGUUUUCAUGAGCUUAAAUAUUACCUUGUUCUGUUUGUAUGUGACUUAAGCUAUAAGGAAUCACUUUGUAAGAUCAUCUCAUGUAAAUAAAACUAGAGGCCCUUUGAUACUGCCAGAGCAGGACAAAGACUUGAUGAAACUGAACUGAUGACCACAUAUGUGUAUUAUCAACAUGAGGUUCAGGGCAUUUCUUAUCACCCAUGUGUUUACCGUUGUACCAAAUACAACACCUGUCAGAGUGUAUUGGUGUUUCUCGUAUUCAGUUACUCAGCACUAAAGAUAUAUCUACAAGUUACAUAAAAUAAAAAGAAGAAGGGAAAGGAGAUCAAAGCUAAAUGCAUGUCAUAAAUUUUACAUUAAAUAUUUUAUUAAGGUUUCUGAUCAUUUCCUUCUAUAUUUUUAGUGGCUUCCUGUUACUGUGAGUUGUGAGCAUUAAGUAAAUCUUUAGUCUUAUUUACAACCCUGAACCUCGCACUUUCCCUCACUUUCUGAAGGUGAGGUUAACUCAGACAAGUUGACAGUGAUUAUUUGGCAUGACAGAUUUUCCACCUUCCUGUCUAAGCUAUAUCACUCAAGAAAAUAAAGCACUGCCUUCUCAUGGGGCUGUCUUAAAAAGGAAACAAAAUACUGACUUCUUAGUGUCCCUUCCAUGAUAGGAUGAAAUGAAGAUGUGUGCAAAGACUCAGCAAGUCAUUUCCUCAAAUGUGAUUUUGUUUUUGUCUUAUAUGGUAAUACAUGUUUUCUUCCUUGCAUAAAACUGUAUUCAACUUUUGCUGAAAUUACCUGGUUGAAAAAAAAACCAUCUUUUCUCCUAUAGAGAAGUGAAGCUGAGUGUUGGUAAGUGGAUGAAAAUUCAGUACUGUACUAUUGUUUACUUUCUAAGACCCAAAGGAGAGGAGACUCAUGCCUGGAAUACUCACUUGAAUAUAUUUAUCUAUUUGAGGAUCAUGAUUUCCCCAUUUUUCUCAGAAAGUAUCAAAUAUCAAUAUAAAUGUCUAUUCAUUAAGUUUUCAUUAAUUGCUAUAUAAGAAUAUUUGAUUCAUCUUAAGGACAAUAAAUGCUAUAGGUAUGCAUAUUAAAUUUCUAGUUCUGUAGAUUGCAUUGGUCAAAAAGAAGGAAGAGAUUUCAACAAAAAUAGGAAUUUUGUGAGUAUUUAAAAAUGUUAAAUAUUAUAAUAUUUAAACAUGUGAAAUUCUUUUGAAUGUAUUAUUUAUGGAUAAAUCUGUUAAUAAAAAAGUAAACUUUUACAUAGAUUUAAAUUCUGUAAUAACAAAAACAUGGUAAUUUUAGAGGUCUGAAAGGAAACAUAUAUACUGCACUUUAGAUCAGAAAGAAGUUAAAGUCUUCUUUAACAUAAGGAAACAAAAACUGUUUAUAAAAUAACAGUAUCCCAGUGGUUGGUAUGUACACAAACUUAGGAAAUGUUAAUUUACUGAUUUAAGUUGUAAGGAAACUCAUUCUUCACUGUUUCCAAAGCAGUACGCAAUAGGAGUUUGGUGUCCCUAGUUGUGUGUUCCUCAGUGUGAUGUUACUUAAUGAACCUGCCUAGAUAUUUUUGAUUUGUAAGUUGAAUAAACUGAUUUCCAAACACUUUGA